CGCGGAUUCGCGAACCCACACGCCACUCGGCCCAGUCCCCCAGUCAUGGCUGUUUAACCUCAACCGGCUGUCGUACCGCAAGCUCCCUGGCCCAAAGACACGCGCUCAGGCCUCCCCGACUCCAAAGUUCCACACAACCAAAGCUCCACACAACCAAAGCUCCACACAACUAAAGUCACAAAAAAACCCGAUCCAAAAACUCGCGGCUCCGCGGAUAAUCUCCCUCGAUAUUCUAACCCCCAAAAAUAAAACACCAGUUGUUUUGAUAGUCCAAUCAAAUCGGAGCUUGAAUUAUCAGGUUCCCACCUUGGUGUGUCUGUUUAUUAGCCCCUUUUCUAUGCGUGUCCCUCCCCUCACCACCGUGGCUUCUUCCCGAUUUUGAAGGAGGACUACCUGGAAGUUUCUACAGAGCGCUUUUUGAGAUGGAAUACGAUAACGAGUGCACGUCGUUGAGACACGAGGAGAAUUCUGCUCGAAUUGUGAAAGGGGCCGCAGAAAAAAAUGGAGCUGUCACUUCAGAUCACACAUGGAGAGAUGGUUUUUAUCAGGGAUUUGUCAGUUUGGUGGCCCUGAGCAUGUUGAUUCAUCCCGGCGUAGGAAUGGGCUUCUCAACGAUCUUACAUCCACAGAUCAAACAUUUAGUAUCAGACGAACAAAAUUCAUGGAUUGCAAGCCUUGUGGCGUUUGGGACCCCGGUGGGCGCCUUGUCAUCGGGGCCGCUCAUGGACAAAUUUGGGCGUCGGUCCACUUGCAUUCUGACAUGUGGCGUCGCCAUUGCAUCGUGGUCCGCUCUCGUCUUCAUGCCCCCCGAAUUCAGCCUCCUGCUCUUGUACAUCGCCCGAAUUCUCAGCGGGGUUGCUGGAGGAUUGACUUCGGCCGGGGUGGUAUACGUAUCGGAGGUGACGAACAAGUACUGGCGCUCUGUGUUCCUGGGCCUGGCCAGCGUUCUCCUGUCAACCGGCGUUCUUCUUGUGACGUCUGUCGGCUACUGGAUGCACUGGAAGUCCUUCUCCGUCUUCUGUCUCGCUAUCGCCGUCCUCAACCUCCUCCUGCUCCUCACAAUACCCGAGUCUCCUCACUGGCUCAUCAGGACACGACCCGAGAAGGCCAAGCGAGCCCUCAUGCGCCUCAACAAAAAUAUUGAGUCUUUCGAGGAAGAAUGGCAGAGCCUAGACGAGCAGUUCCGGAAGAAACAGAAGGCGCAGAUGGAGGGGACCCCACGCCCAUCACUGAGCUCCCGACAAGUCUACGUACCCUUCCUCAUAAUGGGCGUCACGUUCACGAUGCAACAGCUCUGCGGAGUCUACCCGAUCAUAUUCUACGCCCUCGAGGUCUUCCAGGCGAUCACCGGCGACCCCGGCGAGAUCUCACCCUCCGCCAACUCCACGAACCCCUCGACGGAAACGACGACCCUCGCAUCCCUCAUCGGCAACUCAACGCUCAUGGCGACGGACGGAUCGCGGCAGGAUCUCAAAGUCAAAUCCCUCAUCGGUGUCGGCCUCAUCCGCUUCGUCAUGAGUAUCCUGGCAGUCAGCCUCUCGCGGACCAUAGGUCGGCGACCCUUGCUACUCUCCUCUUGCGCGGGUAGUGCCAUCUCCGGCUUCGCCUUCUCGCUCUACUUCUUCGGCUGCUUCGGCCAAGAGGUGAACGAUCUCGUUUCCAUGUCCCUCGUCUUGGUUUUCCUCCUCUUCUCCUCCUACGGGCUCUUGGUCAUCCCGUGGGCUCAGAUCGGGGAGCUCAUCCCGUCGAGCCAUCGGGCCAAGGGAGGCAGCUACCUCAUCUCCUACGCCUACUUCCUCAUGUUCCUCGUCGUCAAGGUGUUUCCCUUCACCAUGGAGACUUUCGGCAUCGGGGGGCUCUUCAUGUUUUUCAGUAUUAUUUUGACCCUCGAAGGGUUCUUCGUGUAUUUCUACAUGCCGGAGACCCUCGGGAAAACGUUCCUCGAAAUUGAGAAGUAUUUCGUGACGGGGGUUGACUCCAAUGGGAAAGGUGCUCGUUCCAAGUGGCCGAUUGAUAAGGUGUAAAAGAGCACCUAGGGCGUGAAAUAUUUUACAAAAUCUCUAUUCAAAUACCUUUGCGCGACUGAAUCGAUUUUUUGCACGAGGAACGAAAUUCGUUGCAAAUUUUACGUUUAUCUAGGACAUUUGGACCGAGUUUAACAGAAAGGAACCAAGCCACAUCAGCUAUCGCCAAAUUUAAC